UGUGGUGGUGCUACUCUGGUGGGAUGGAUGCCAGCACUCACACCAGCCGUUCACGUGUGUCACGGCAUCAUCAACGGUGUCAUCAACACCAUGGAGCGCACGCUUGCAUACGCUGUCAGUGGGGAUGAUGACCAGCACACGUCAAAGAGUGGUGUCAGUACACGCUACGCCAGCACCAGCAACUUGGCUGCGGGGCUGCUUGGUCUCUCAGCCCACGACCACCUGACUGACGCCCUCACGCCAGGUGCCACUUCGUCUGCAUUAGAUGUGGAUGUGGAUGUGCAAGAGUUGUCGUUGCUCGUGCCGACAACGGCAGCAGCAGCUACUGCAUCAACGCCUGCAGCAGCAGCAACUCAACAUGACCCGACGCUCCUUGUGUUCGUUCUGCAGAGCACACGGGUGUGCGCGUCAGAGUGGCCCUCAGCAGCUGCGCAAACAGCAGCAGGGAAUGUGAACGAGACGCAAGGACAGCCUUGGUGGACCCAUGGAAACAUUGCCCAAGACAAGGGCCCAAAUGCAUCCUUUGACUCGACGCUGGAUGCCGCAUUUUCGCUGGGAUCAAACGGACUCUUUGGCUCAUCCACUCGCGUGCAACUGCAACUCAAAGGCAUCUCCGCGUACACGCUUCGCCCACGCACCACUGCAGACUCGUGGCUGGACGUGUACAGGCACCAGAGGGACAUGACACUGAGGGCUCCCAUCAUCACAGACCUCGAUUUCACGUUCACGCUUGUGCCCACGCAUAGAGGCGGCGGUGGUGCUGCUGGUGGCAGUAACAGCGGCGCUGAUGUUGAUGGUGCGCAAGGCAUUGAUUCGCAUGCAACACUCACACACGAACUGCUUGUGGAGGCUCCACACGAGAUUGUUGCGUUUCUCAGCAACGACCAAGUGGCCGGAAUGCUUGAGGUUGCCAUGAGCAACGCACUGCCGUUUGCCCUGGCGCUUACGCACUUACACUGGCGUUCGCCGCCACCACCAAACUCUUCUUGGCAAGAGCGGGUGGGCUGCGUCACGUCUGCAAUGACACGCCGCAGGCGUCUGCAAGAUGACAGCAAUGCAGCCGAUGCGGAAGGUGAUGUGUAUGCCACGUCGUGGUGGAUGGCACAGGAACGGCUGGACAGGUACGCAGCAAAGCUGACUCGCUCGCCAGGCCGCGAUGUUGCUGGUCGCUGGUCGUCACUGACACCAACGCGUGCGCACAGCAGUGACAUUGCGCACACACAACUACACCAAGAGCAGCAGCAACAUCAACGACAUCAUCAACGACAAUCGAAGCAACCACAACAACAAGAGCAGCACCAGCACCAGCACCAGCACCAACACCAGCACCAGCAGCGCCGGCGACUGCGAAGUGCAGACACCUCGCCAUCACCGUCACCAACGCAUUCCCGCAACCGUCGUCGCGUCCGCGGACACACACGCAGCGCGAGCAUGGGCACAGCGACAUCACCAUCAACGACAGCAGUGACAGGGGCUCCAACAACACCGGUAGCAGCGGGACCGGUGUUGAGCGGCAUUCCGGUAAUGAUGACUGCAUACGCAGACGAUGAUAUUGUCAGCGAUGUUGGUGGUAGACACGCCAGCGACGGUCUUGUUGAAGUGGACGAAAGGACUUUCCAUGCCACCUGGAUCUCGCAGACCCACGGGAUACCGACACGCCCAAUCCCAGCAACAGGGACUCGCAGUCCAUCAGGGUCGUUUUCACAAGCACGCCACUCUCUCCACUCUCUCCACUCUCCGCACCUCGCAAGCAGCCACUACGAACAUCGCCAUCACCGCCACCAACAACAUCAACGUGGGCAUCGCCGCACAGCAUCGAAUGCGUCGGCCAUCAGCUUCGCCUCCGCUGCGUCCUCGGUGCUGUUUGGAGGAGCGCGGGCGCCGCAGUUGAGCCUGGACAUGGCCGUGUCGCUUGCCCGCGUCACCCUUGUCAUGUACAAGGCAGAGAGCCCCGCACACGAUGUACCGCCACACAACACCUUUGUUCCGCAGCAAGAGCAGCAGCAGGGACGCAGUCAGAGCGAGCAAGCAUUUCACAAACAACCGCACCAUGCCCUACCACGCCACAAUCAAUCACACCACAACCAAUCACACCACGACCGACUCAGCUUCCAGCACCAGCAGCACCAGCAGCAGCGUCAGCAGCUUGGUUCGCACAACGCCGUGUUGCAUGCACAGGCGCUGCGGAAUGUGGCGGGGAUUGUUGGCUUGGCGGUGCCGCUGCUACGUGUGCAAGUGAUUGGUACAACGUUCCGAGCCCGCACCAGCGCCGUCGAAUCGACGUACUCGCUUCUGCUUGGCGACGUGACCCUAUGCACACAGCGGCAUCGCCCCAUGCGCACGUGUGUGCGGCUGGCAACCGAGCUGUUGCGAGAUGACAUGUGGCAGCACACGCUUGUUGGUGUUCGAUGCGCACACGCAGAUGGUGUCGUUGACAGAAAUGCUGAUGAACACGAUGACUAUGUUGACAAGGGUGAUGAUGAUGAUGAUGAUGAUGAUGAUGAUGAUGAUGACGACGACGACGGACACCAUCGCCAUGUGGAGGAUCGCUGUCCUGACGCAUUUGCCGCCAAAGCCACAACUCAUCCCUACCACGUUCCAGUCCCACCCACAACAUCAUCCACAGCACGACCAACAGACGGCGACGACAACGCACGUGGCAUCCCGGCUGCUGUUGCCAACAACGCAACCACGGCUAAUGGUGACAAUGAAAACUCUCGUAGUCAUCAGAGAGGCGCUCGCGCUGGUGUGCGUACAGUGGAGGUGGCGGCGCGAAUUGAUGUGCGUUUGUCCAAGACGGACGAUCCUGCACACGUCUCUGUGCAGCUGCCGGGCGGUGUGUGUGUGCACAUCCCCGAGGAAGUUGUUCUUCUUGCACUCGAGGGUGCGCGCGCACAUGCUGAUGACAUGGCUGCACUGAGCGCUGUCUUCUCGUCCCUCACGACGUUGGGUGGUGCUAAGGAAAGCUGCGCUGGCUGCGUUGCCGACAACGACGACCAUGAGGGCCACCCACAGUCAGAGCAGCAACACCCAGGUCAUCACUGCCGCGGCGGGCUCGGUGGUGGUCAACCACACCCGCACACAAACGACACAUGUGCGGAAGUUGCUGCAGGCGAUGGUGCUGGUGAUGUGCUGAGCCGUGCUAUUCCGUUGACUGCUGAGCUCAGGGUGCGGCACAUUGUGUUUCGCGUGUCGGGAGGAGCGCAAGCAACAGGAAUGACGGCCGCUUUGGACGAUACCUCGUGUGAUGGCGGUCACGUACACCGUGGCGGUGUCAGCACACACGCAGAAGAGACGUGGUGGCUGGAGGCUAGCGUGCACGGCAUGACUGCCAGCUUGUCAUCAUCAGCACCAUCGCAGUGUAACAUGACAACGGUGCCGAAAGUUGUGGCCACCAUGACUGACUUGUCUGCAUCACUGGGAUGCACCGCACUACCAACUCCCUGCUGCCUCCUCCCAACAGGCGGGCUCAUCACACUUGAGGCAAGCAUUGGCGUUGCAAGCACGUUCCCCUCUGAGCCGCCAUCGACACACGUUGCGGUGGCCAUUCGAGACAUCGACCUCACGGUGCAACCCGAGCUGCUGUUUGUCUGGCCGUUCAUUCGCACGUCGGUGACUACAGUUGAAGACCUGCUUCAUGCAGCCAUGAAUCGCCUGAACGAGAGCAUGAGGCAACCUGAGGGUGUACACGCUGGAACAUCUCACACCGGCGGCACUACUCCCGUGCCUGCGCAGGAAACGCAGUUUGAUCUGCAGAUGGGGCGCCUGGUCACAGUUUCUCGCCCACAUGAGACUGACGCUGACAUGCACGAUCCUCUUGUUAUCGACGCCGGAACAAUGGUGGCCACUGCACACAGCUUGCUGUGGCGAUACUUCCAACCACGCCGCGUUUCGCGUGUGCUCGUUCGCCCACUGCCACUCCUCGCUCUCGAUGACUCAACUUCAAAUGCGCAGCGGCAGUGCGUACUGUCCUGCUGGGACCCGGUGGACGCAGCGUAUGUUGUUGCUCGCGUCAUUCACUUGAAUGUCGCUGAUGAAACUGAAAUCGUGCUGCCUCAAACGGCCCCCACAGCCAGAAUUUGGAAGCUGUCCUGGCAAGGUGGUGCGCGCACAGGCGAGGACUCGACGCAGUUGCUGGCUGCAGUCUGGCUGUCGUCCGUGCCCUGCCCAGAGGAGCAAUGCCGCUUCACCAUGACCACCGAGCUCGCCUCCACCACGCUGGCACUGCUCACACCUCGCACUAUGUUCAACCAGCACCAACCACGCAACGCUGCGUGUUUCAAGACGACUGCGUGGCUCAGUCCAACAGCAUGCCGCCCAAUCUUCCAGCUGCAACUCCCCUCUGCAAAGGCCAGCGUGUCAGCUGCAGCAUCGCAAGCAGCCGCAGUACCAACACCGCCAGCGGGUAUAGGUGAAGUGCACCCGCGUCCACCACGCCUGUUUGUGGCUGCAGAAGUGGAGGUGUCGCUCGUGCAUUUUCCCCAUCUUGCUGAGCAGCCGCACACGCGCGUGCUCACGAUGACCGCAAGAGCGCGAGCAGCACCAGCGAUGCUCAGCCUGCGCCACCGAAGCUGCGGUUGA